GUCACUGUCUGAUCUGACGACGACCCAUCGAAGCGACAGGACACCACACCACCACAAAUCAUCUGUCCCAGGUGCACUCAACUCACCUGGCAGCCCCAUCCCGGUGUCUCCCUUCACCGGGCGCACACACCAACUGCACGCAUCCAGCAAGAGGCUUACCAAAGAUACCCUGGAAGCAAUCGUGUCCAUACAUCGGAGGGAACAGCACAAUCACUCCCUGGUGACGUAGUGAAGCAUGCCCAGGACCAAUGGCAGGGGCAGACAUCCACAGAGUCCUCUCUCGCAAUCUCCCGUCGUCUUUCCAGAUACUUCGCCAGAAGCGACGGAAAUAUCGCGCUACAAUACUUCUACAGUGUCAGACUCACUUACCUCGCAACCCAUUUCCAUCACAACAGCGAUACAAAGGGAGAAGCGGCAGUCAGACGCGUCUGUCCUACCUAAAAUCAAUACAAGUAAUCUCUCGCCCUCACCGCCAGGCACCGCAGAAGACGGCACGCGCAAUGGACAACGCAAAAGUGCCUUGCAAGAACUAGAUAGUCCAGGGAGUGCCCGCGGUGCGACACUCGACGUGACCAAUGCUGUGCGCAGCUUCAAGCUCUUCCACAAUGCGCCAGAGGAGCUUAUUGAGCUCAUCCUCAAUCGUAUGCGGUCCAGGAUGGUGGAGCCGGGUGAUGAGAUCUGUAAAGAGGGCGAAGAAGCCAAGGCAAUGUACUGGAUUAUCCGCGGCACAGUUGCUGUUGUCUCUCGCGACGGAGAGUCCAAGUUUGCUGAACUUCAUGCAGGACAAUUCUUUGGUGAAAUCGGUGUACUUUUCUCUUGUGCGCGUACAGCAAGCAUUUUGGCUCAAACAAAGUGUCUCUUGAUGGCUCUCACUUUGGAAGACCUACAACAAGUGCUCCCGCGCUUCCCGAACAUUGAACGAGCCAUUCGUGAAGAAGCUCAAGAGCGACUCGAAUUGACACGCAAACUCAAGUAUUCUGCGAAACGUGGCGAGGCAACAAGCUUGCGUGAGCGAAUCCUCGCUGUGCCCAUGUUUGCCGACCUGCCACCAGACAUUCUGCACUUUCUCGGUCUCAAAAUCAAGCCAGCCAAUUUUGCGCCCUUCACACCCAUCCUCGUGCAAGACAUGCCGGGUAGGGAAAUCUACUUUAUUGUUUCAGGGUCGGUGGAAGUUAUCGAUGCCGCCCGUGCCAAAGUACUUGCUCGGCUGGGGCCCGGCCAAUUCUUUGGCGAAUUGGCAUGGCUGUCGCUCUCGGACGUGCGCACAGCAUCUGUCAGAUCUGUCACUGCAGUCGAAGCCCUUGUGCUCGAGGAUGGGAUUCUCCAGGAAGUCUCUAAAGUCUACCCUUCUAUGCGCAAACUGAUUGAAGCGGUGGCCCAAGAUCGACUUGCCAUGGAUAACCUCAUCAUGAGCAAAACUCAAGUUCCAGAACAGGCUAGCAUAGGAUCUGGCACCUUGGCAACUGUUGCAGAUCAAGAUCCCUUUGGCGUUCCAAGUCUCAAGCGCAAGCUCUCGAUUAUUGAGGCGCCCAUCUCACCCAGACAAACGCCUCGCGAUGUCCUUCCCCUCAAGCGACAGAGGAAGCGCAGCAGAGAGGAUGAGGAUGUGCUGAUCCCACAGCCACACAUCGCUGGACGUUUACCUGAACGUGUCGUGAUGCAUGUCAUCAAGCAAAUGACCAUUGCGCGUGCUGCAAAAUUGAGGCUUCUUCAUUCGACAUGGAACGCUCUACUCCUUCGGAUGCCCAUGCCUGAGCUUUUCCUUGGGGAUGUCUCGCGCACGAUUGAUGAUGCCAAGCUCAGACAAGUUGCUGCCUUCAUUGGGUCACGAGCUGAGCACGUCAAUAUAUCCCAUUGUUCACUCAUCACUGACAGCUCAUUCAAGCGUAUUGUGGCGGCUUGUGGUCCACAGACUAGAAGCUUUGCCUUGGCAUCGUGCUGGAAUGUCUCGCCACUCUCACUUUUUGAGCUGACUGCACGCGCUCCAAAUCUCCGAUCUCUCGACCUCUCCAAUUGCCGCAAGAUGAAUGACCAGGCUCUGUUCAAAAUCAUCAACACAGCGUAUCAAUUGGAGGAGCUCGAUUUAGGCUACUGUAAGCACAUUAGUGAUCGCAGUAUGCAUUGUAUUGCUGUACAUGCCUCACCACGCCUCAGAGUUUUGAAGCUGUCACGCUGCACAAGCAUCACAGACGCAGGCUUUGGCUACUGGAGCUAUGCCCCGACAGGCUUUCCCAAGAUGACGACGCUCAUCCUACGGGACUGCACAUUUCUGAGUGACAAUGCCAUCGUUGCACUUGUCAAUAGUUGCGGCGCAUUGCAGCACCUCGAUCUCAGCUUUUGCUGUGCAUUGAGCGACACGAGCGUUGAAGUCUUGUCUCUCGGUCUGCCAAACCUCAAAAGCCUUCUUCUGGCAUUUUGUGGGUCUGCCGUCUCGGACUCUAGCCUGGGCAGUAUCAGCCAUCACUUGCAAUCGCUUCGCCACUUGAGUGUCCGAGGCUGCGUGCGUGUCACAGAGCAAGGUGUACGCAGUGUGCUUGAUAAUAUCACGACCCUCGAGAUCCUCGAUGUCUCUCAGUGCCGCAAUUUGCCACGCACGCCGAGCAAGUCUGGUGUAGAAAUCACCCAUGGUGGGUGAAGGGCUGUACUUUAGACAUUGUACUUGUACACUGUAAAACAUUGUUCUUCUCAACCCAUCUGCACGCAGACACUGCUCUACAUCCGUGCCCCUACCUCUAUAGCUCAGUUACAGUGCCACCGAGGUUAUGUCCGAACGUGCACCAGACAACUUUCGCGAGCUCGUCUAUAACAAAGUGAAGGAAAUACCACGCGGUCGUUGCACAUCGUACGGCACAGUCGCUGCACUUGUAGGCUACCCACGGCAUUCACGCCUUGUUGGGUCGUGCCUCAAAACUUGUACAGAUGAGACAGUACCCUGGCAGCG